UGUCAGUCUGACAGCUGUUUGAUAGUAGAUAUAUUUGUACGUAUAUUUUUACGUUUGUUUUCCGUGGAAAUUGUUCGUAUUUCUCGCACACAAAUGUUCAGACAUAACGCCGGGCAAUCGGUAGCAGCUUCGACAAACACUCGCCCUCUAACAUCCAGCAGACAGCGAGGCAGCUAGUCAAACCUAAUAGUAAUCCCAGUUAUUGGAAUCCCAUCCCGAUCCGAUCCGACUCUCUGUUGCCAUACCACCCACCACCCACCUCCCCUCCCGACUCCGUUCCGCACUGUACCGAAUCUCUGUCUCCCUCUCCGCCGGUUUCCAACGUGCGCGCAAGGUUACGGAACAAAUAUUAUUACCGUUAAUUAUAGCUGCAGGCGGUGCGCAUAUAGGAGAUAUCGCUAUAUAGCCGCAUAGAUGUUCAAGUUUGUGCUGAACGACGCCGCCAGCUACGUGCGCGCCAAUGUCCGCGAGUUUAGCCUGAACGCACUGCGCCUGCUGCCGCAACUGCCGCAGCUGAGUCCAUACGAUGUUAACCUGGUCCUGAGGGAGAACGAGUUCGUGUACAACUUCCCCGUGGAGGGGAUCAUCCGUAGCUAUGAGACCAAUCAGCUGGGAUCGAAUUCGCCCUGCGAGGACUCACGGACUGAGGCCAGCCUGCUCCAUCGCAACGGCUUCAUUUGCGGCAUUUUCGAUGGCCAUGCCGGGGCUUCCUGCGGCCAGGUGGUAUCCAAGCGGCUGCUACGAUACGUUUCUGCAGCCACGCUGCCGCGCCAGGUGCUGCAGGCACAGAUGAAGGAGGGCUGCAGCAGCCAGUCGUUCCUCAAGUGCCACAACGACAAUGUGGACUUUGUCAGCGAGAUCAGGCCCAUCUACGAGGCCAGCUUUCAGAAGUACAUUAAGCAGCUAAGUGAGACGCCUCAGCGGGACGUGACCAGUGAGCUGGUACACGCCUUCUUGCAGCUGGACGAGAACCUGUCCGAGGAGGCGCUGGCCCACAGCGAUGUGCGCACUAUGAGUGUGGCGCUCUCAGGAGCCGUUGCCUGUCUGGUUCAUCUGGAGGGAUUGCAGCUGCACGUGGCCAGCACCGGUGACUGCGGCGCUGUGCUGGGCGUUCUGGAUCCACAGACGCAGCAGUGGCACCCAAAGAAGCUCAACACCGAGCACAAUGCGGACAACAUGUCCGAGGUUCGUCGCAUACUCGCCGAGCAUCCCAAGGACGAGCGGGAGACAGUGAUCCGGAACGGCAGACUGUUGAGCCAACUGGCGCCACUGAGGGCCUUUGGUGACUUCCGCUACAAGUGGUCCGUGGACACUAUGCAGCAGAAGGUGGUGCCCAUGUUUGGGGAGCACACGAUGGCGCCCAAUUAUUACACGCCCCCGUACCUGACCGCCCGCCCCGACGUUCAGCAGCAUGAGCUGGGCCCCAACGACAAGUUUCUAGUCAUAGCCAGCGACGGCCUCUGGGACUUCCUCUCGCCUAGCGAGGUGGUCAGCCUCGUCGGCGAGCACAUCAACUCGAAGAAGAUCCUCGAACCAAUGCGCCUGCCCGAGGGCGACAUAACGCUGCAGGAAAUCUCCGAUCAGUUGGCCGAGCGAAAAGCUGGCCUCACCCGCAAGCCCGUCGACCAGAACGCGGCCACGCAUCUCAUCCGAAACGCUUUGGGUGCCACGGACUAUGGCAUCGAGCACUCGAAGAUCUCGUACUAUCUGUCGCUGCCCAAGGAUGUGGUGCGUCUGUACCGCGACGACAUCACCAUCACCGUCAUCUACUUUAAUUCGGAGCACAUCGCCCAUCAGCUCCAGCAGGACGGAACGUCUUCGAAGGGGGACACUGCGCCGGCAGCGUGAUCCCCGUGAGAACCCAGUAUGUGUAUAUUUAACGAGCUAACCUUCAGCCUAACAAUCGCCUAGCCUAAGUGUUGCGUUUAAGUUUGUUUAUCCGCCAACGGACCUCGGACGACUGUCGCCGCGCCAAAUAAAUCUCCACGCGGAAAAUCACAAAA